UUGUCUCUCGUCUGAUAGUUCAACAAUGAUUGGGUUUGAAAUUCUGCAUGUGUCCCUCUGUGUCAUGGGUUUGCUCUCAGAGACUCUGUGCUCUUUAACUGUGGAGGUGGAAGCUGGAGAUAACGCCACUGUUUGGUGCCAACAUGAGCUGAGUGAUACAGGUUACAUCUACUGGUAUAAACAUAUAAAUGAUUCAGUUCGACAUCUUCUUGGCUGUAAGCAUUUUUUUGGGUCGAGUCCAUCAAAGAAUUGUAUUUUCUUUACUGAAAGUGAGCGAAUAGUGAUGUCUGUUCAUGGCAAGAACACGUCUCUCACCAUCACCGCAGUAAAUGUCUCUGAUACAGGACUGUAUUACUGCAGCUUCAUAGAGCUGGACCAAGUGAACUUUAGGAACUCGACCUUUUUACAAGUGAAAGACAGAAAUAAAACACUUUCUGAGAACCCGGACAGAGCGAAAGGUUCAGUCUCUUCUGUGUUCUUCAUACUGAAUGUGGUGUUCGGUGCAGUGAUUGUGAUUCUUCUCAGUGUCCUGAUCUUCAUCAUACUGAAACACAGAGAAACACACAGAGGUUUAUUCUCAGGAACAAUGAAAGCACACAUGCUAAAGUCGAGGAGAAAAUCCUCAAGGUUCUCAGAGAAUGAGGCUCUCAAGUUUCUCCACCAUGAGGGUUUUAUGAUCUCGACACAUCUCGAGGAAAUAUGUGAGGUUCACCUGAUUUAUUAUUUAUAUCUGAUCAUCUCUGUGUGCGGGACGGCAAGGUGGUGUAGUGGUUAGCACUGUCGCCUCACAGCAAGAAGGUCUGGGUUCGAGCCCCGUGGCCGGUGAGGACCUUUCUGUGGAGAGUUUGCAUGUUCUCCGCGUGGGUUUCCUCCGGGUGCUCCGGUUUCCCCCACAGUCCAAAGACAUGCAGGUUAGGUUAACUGGUGACUCUAAAUUGACCGUAGGUGUGAAUGUGAGUGUGAAUGGUUGUCUGUGUCUAUGUGUCAACCCUGUGAUGACCUGGCGACUUGUCCAGGGUGUACCCCGCCUUUCGCCCGUAGUCAGCUGGGAUAGGCUCCAGCUUGCCUACGACCCUGUAGAACAGGAUAAAGCGGCCACAGAUAAUGAGAUGAGAUGAGAUGAGAUCUCUGUGUGUCCUCUGUGUCUCUGCAGGAUCCGGACUCGGACUCGUUGUGUUACGCUGCACUACAGUUCUCAAAGAAGAAAACCAAGAGGAGCGAGAGACGUGAUGAAAAUGUGGAU